AUGGAUAAAUGUGGCGUGAAGAAGAUAAUAUAUAGAAGAGAUGACCAUUUAAGCAAACUUGUCUACACUGAAAGCCCUGAGGAGGGAGGUCUGUUGAAGGUGGCUCCCCGCACUGCUAUGUCCAUCACCUCUGCCACCUCUAUCAUUCUUCCAUCCAGCCCUUUGAUGCAGCCAGGACAGGUACCAAACGGCCUCAGCAACAGCCCCCUUCCAGAGGAGCUCACCCCCAUCUCUGUCACUGCCACCCUUGGCCCCCUGUUGGAGAACCCACAGCCCUGGGGCCUGACCAAAGAUCCGAGGUCUCAGCAGCAGUUGCCCCAGACACAGACGUCUGCUGCAUUUGGGCGUCAAACCUUGGGGAACAAUUUGCCUCAGUUGCAGGCCAGUAUAAUAGACAUUACCCAGUCCUCCAUGGAUUCUCUUAUUGGGGGAUCAGAUCCCAACUUUUUUGCCAUGAAAACAGAGGAUUUCUCCAUGGAUAAAGGAGACCAGGAUCCCAUUGACCUCGAUCAUGCUUUUGAUCACAUGGGGAAAGAUGUGGACGUGAACCAAAAGCUGUUCAGUGAUAACACUCUGGACCUGCUCCAAGACUUCGAGCUCACUGGGUCCCCCUCAGAUUUUUACGUAGGUGAUGAUGCUUUCCUGUCCACUCUGGCAGAUGAUUCUCUGCUUGGAGAUGUUGGCUCGGAGAGGGACAAUAAGCCAGCCGUGGUAGAGAGCGGUAAUGGCAGUGGUGCGGUCUCUGUCACUCUCAACGGCAGCAUUAUGAGUCCAGAUCAGUCCAGUCCUAGCAUAUCCACAGCCUCCCCCCUAACCUCUACAACCACUUUGUCUGCAUUGGUGAAGAAAGAAAAAGAUACUGGCCUCAUUCAGCUUUGCACUCCAGGUGUGAUCAAACAGGAGAAGAUGUCUGCCGGCCAGAGUUACUGCCAAAUGAGUGGCACGUCCUCCACAGGCCUGUCCACCUCUAGCCCCAUUUCCAUCUGUGGGGUCAGCACUUCAGGAGGACCGAGCUACCACUUUGGGGUCAACCCCAGAAGCAGUGAAGUUCAGCAGCUGAAGGAACAGAAGCCAGUGUCCAAACUGUAUCUCCCAGUGACGACCAUCAGUGGAGCCUGGAACAGAGGCCAGGGUGUUGCGGACAACUCGCUGAUGCAGAGGGCUAGCGAGUCUUUCUCAAGCUCUCCCUCCUUCCUUUCCAGCUUUGCAAGUUCUACCUCUAGACAGGAAGGAGGCAAUGCUACAUCCUCAGUGCAGGCAAAGAGCGGGAAUCAUAAAAUCUGCCUCGUGUGCUCUGAUGAGGCGUCAGGCUGCCACUACGGCGUUCUCACCUGUGGCAGCUGCAAAGUCUUCUUCAAGAGAGCAGUGGAAGGUCAGCAUAAUUACCUUUGUGCCGGGAGGAAUGACUGCAUAAUAGACAAGAUCAGAAGGAAGAACUGUCCGGCCUGCCGCUUCCGGAAGUGUCUGAUGGCAGGCAUGAACCUGGAAGCACGCAAAACCAAGAAGAUGAACCGCUUAAAGGGCACCCAGCAGAGCAACCCACCAGAGGUGGUGACGGCUCCACCGGUUGAGGCUUGCCCUCUGGUACCCAAGUGCAUGCCUCAACUCGUCCCCACAAUGCUUUCCCUGCUGAAAGCUAUUGAGCCGGACACCAUCUUCGCCGGAUACGACAGCACCCUGCCCGACACCUCCACCCGCCUCAUGACCACCCUGAACAGGCUGGGCGGCAGGCAGGUCAUCUCUGCGGUCAAGUGGGCCAAAUCUCUGCCAGGUUUCAGGAACCUGCACCUGGAUGACCAGAUGACACUGCUGCAGUGCUCAUGGCUCUUCCUCAUGUCUUUCGGUCUUGGCUGGAGGUCUUACCAACAAUGUAAUGGCAACAUGCUCUGCUUCGCGCCCGACCUUGUCAUCAACGAGGAGCGGAUGAAGCUGCCCUACAUGGCCGACCAGUGUGAGAUGAUGCUGAAGAUCUCCACCGAGUUAGUGCGGCUGCAGGUUUCCCACGACGAGUAUUUGUGCAUGAAAGUCCUGCUGCUGCUCAGCACAGUGCCAAAGGACGGUCUGAAGAGCCAGGCGGUGUUUGAUGAGAUCCGGAUGGCCUACAUCAAGGAGCUGGGGAAAGCUAUCGUGAAGCGUGAGGAGAACUCCAGCCAGAACUGGCAGCGUUUCUAUCAGCUCACCAAGCUGCUCGACUCCAUGCAUGAGAUGGUCGGAGGACUGCUCAACUUCUGCUUCUACACCUUUGUGAAUAAAUCCCUGAGUGUGGAGUUCCCAGAGAUGCUGGCAGAGAUCAUCAGCAACCAGUUACCAAAAUUCAAGGCCGGGAGCGUCAAACCCCUCCUCUUCCACCAGAGAUGACUGUGCCCCGCAACAGACACGAUGCCUUAAAAAUCCCACCACGUCACCUCGCGUCCCCUUCCCGCACGCCCACCUAACCCUAACCCCCCCCAUUCCCACCCACCUCCAGAUGUAAGGACUGAGGAUCUGAGGCGAGGAGCGAAUGAUGUUAUGCAACUUUGUGCAGUGGCUCACAGGUCUGGAGGGAAGAGAGAGAGACUGGAAAUGUUUGUGCAGAUUCCAGACAGCGAGCACAGAGGUUGUGUUGUCGUAGCGUUUAACAACAAGUAGGAAAAUAUUUGUAAGAUAAAAGAUAAUCACAAAGAGAAAUAGGCUAACAUCCACGUUGUCUCAGGUUUCUUACCUUCAGAUACAAACCAAUAUCUAAGAUAGAUGAAACAAAUAUCUAUGUACAGGUUCUGAUAGUAUUUUCUACAUUUUCAAAUCGUAACAGUUUAUACAGUUUUUCCAGGUCAUUGUUACCUGGGAAGGUAACAAAGCUUAAUUAAUAACACACUCUUACGUAGGCUUUGAGACUGUACGUUCCUCAUUUAGUUUUUCUAGGAGGUUUUAACAAAAUGUUUGUCAGUCAUACGGGGAAAAAAACUCCACUCGUUAAAAAGCAUAUUUCUGCUUUGCUUUGGACAUGCGAAACAAUUCUGUUGGACUGUUAAGCAACAUUUGACAGGAUGAUUUCUCCCACAAGCCAACCUCUUCCAGGUUAACACAGGUCUAUUUCAAAAGGGAAAAAAUAUGUGCCUUGUUUGCUUCAAAUAUCAUCUUCGCCAUUUUUCUUCUUCCUUGUCUAAGGCGUGCUUCUCUUUAACCCAUCACGGUCUUCCUUCAUCGUGCAUUGAUUGUACUUUUUAUAUCACAUGCAGUUGCAAGUUCCUUUGUUUUUGUUCUCUAGUGACUGUGUUUCUCUUUAGAAGUGGCAGCUCAGUCCAUCGUCCGUGUCGAACUGAUCUUAUUCUUAAGAAAGAAUAUUCAAAGCCUGCCUCCCACACAUUUAACUCCACGUUUAAAGUGCGAUUCGAGCACUUAGUUCCCUGCUAAAGGCUUUAAAAGACUGUGAAGAGACUGUUGUGCUGCACAGUUUUACUAUAUGAGUUUAGAUGAAACUUUAAACUGUCUCUAAUAGGAAUUAGCUCACGUUGAUGUUUAUUUUAAUCCCCACUCCGGCCCCAAUAGACUAAUAAUGGAAUGUCAAGUUUGUGCGUCUACCAAUCAACAAUUGGAGGGCAUAUUUUAUUUUUGCAAGAUUAUGUCAUUUUUGAUUUAUCAGAAAAAUUCUGCAAUGACUCCGAAUGGUUGAUGAAAAACCGUCCUUCAUGUUUUCCUCCUUCUUGCAUUCUGUUUUCUAAACUCAACAAAGAUGCAGUUUCGAUUCUGCCACUGACGAUCCUUCCACAAUUUAUCCGCACUCUCACUAACGUCUAUUUUGGAAAUUACUGCCUUGCUUUUAUUUGUUGAAGGACUGGUUUACCAUUGUGGGAAAUAUGUUGACUUGCCGACAUGUGCAGAGUCGAGUGGAUCAGUCACGUAUCUGGACAGUAAAUGUGAUGUUGGAGUGAGCAGUUGUUAAGUUCAGCUAUAGACUGAAAACAGGGGAACAAGCUAGUCUGACUUUAUCAGCACCACAAAACGUAUUUGGCACUUAGAGGACACAACUCCAGAUCUCCUGAAGUUAAAUCAAUUUCACAUAAUAUUUAAGACGUUAAUUAUGACUCCUGGAUCCCCCCCCGAUCCAGACCCCCACCAAACUUAAAUGGGAUCUUUCCUCACCUAUACCACAUCCAAGCCAACAAACAGACGGGUGAAAACAGAACCUCAGAACAAGUCACUGCUUUACGUGAGCUUAUAUGGCAAGACCCUUUCUGAGCUGGUAUUUUCACUGGUUGCCUAGCAACUGGUCCUCAUCAUGAAACGCUCCCUCCUUCAUAUUUACUGUGCAAACACAGGGAGUGCUAUCAAAUCUCCUCUCACUCAGAAAAAGGGAAAACGCGUACUUCCCAGAAUGCUGAACUUUUCCUUUAAUGUGAACAGUUAGUGUGAUUGACAGCUCAUCUAAAGAGCGCGUUGGAUCGGCUGAUGGCAGAUUCAUUCACCAGUAAACCUCCCACAGCUGCUGAAACCCCCCUGACCCUCUGCUUUAACCCCUCUGCUCUGUCAGCCCCUCGUCUUUUAGGAACUUUGCAUGUUUUAUUUGUUUGUGUAUUUAGUCAAACCCCAAUGUUGGAAAGCACUUAGCAUCCGUCACCUGACAGAGUCCAGGCCACAGUGAAGGCAGCGUGUCACUGACUGGGAGGCAGACAAAAUGAAUCCUUUAUUCUCUGGGAACUAUUUCGGUGCCAAACUCUUUUGUCUGUUUCCAGUGAUGCUGAAACUUUAUCAGUGUUAGUAUGAAAAGAGAAAAAUGAGUCCCAGCAUUGAAGCUGAUCAAAUUUGUCUGAUGAACAGAGUUGAUUCGAGGUCAUUAGCGAGGAGAGAAAAGUAUUUGUAACACGAAGCACUCAGAUGUGUUGUGUAAUCACAGAUUAAUGUAGGUCUGUCAGUUUCCCCAAUUACUGUGUGGUGUGUAAGAUGAUUUUAAUUGUGUGUUUUCAUCAGUCGAGUUUGUCACCGGCGUGUUUCACAACCCCGACAUGCUGUUUGUGUUUAUUAAAGCACAAAUGAAUCCAGGUUUUGACACGAAUGUGGCUCGUACAGAGGAAUUAAUUCAGAUGAAAAUAUAAUUGGAUGAAUAUGUCGAGUGAGCGAGUAGAAAAAUGUCAAAAUGUUCUAAAAUACCCCAACAAGGAAAUUAAAAGCACUAAUAAACAUGAAGCCACUCCCACACUCAGGUUGUUGAAACUUUGUCUGAUUCGCAGUAUGUGUUCGUCCGUGUUUGGUCGUUAAUGUCCUGACAUCAAGAACCAAAAAACAGGAAAAAUUCAAACACACAGAUGACGAAAAAAUGUCACCAAUGUUCUGUCACCGCUGACAUUCAUACCCAGGCUUCGAAAAAGGACACCUUGUAUAUUUUUUUAUCUUUAUUUUGUUCUGAAAACCUCAUAUACUGCAUUGGGUUUACUCAUGGGUUACUUUCACAUUCAGUGAAUCCAGAUCUCUGCUGCUGCUGCUGCUGCUGCUGCUCAUGUAAACAGGUUUAUAUACAUCUAUAUAUGUGAAGUCACACACUUGCCUCUUCUUCUUGCUCAAAAAUGUAUCCCUGCUUGUACAUUUUUGAGGAGGAUAACUGAAUAUGCAAACGAAAUGACAGAUAAUCUAUCACCAUCACACAAGAUGUGGUUUCCUCUUUGUUUUUCUGAUAUAAGCUAAUUGCAUAUAGGAGAUUUACACUCAACUUCAGGAACAGAUUCACUUCACAUCAGUAACCAGUCCACACAGACUGCACAAAAAAGCCUAUUUGAUGUUUAAAUACAAGGUGACCAAAGCACGUACAGACAGAUUCAACAUGUUCGUGUAAACUAAGUAGCACAUAGUUGACAAAUGUACAGGUUUUGUGUUUCAGUUUUUUUUUAAAAAAAACACAUUUUUCACUCCAACAUUGAUGGCUUUGGUCAAAUUGUGUAAUACUGUGAAUAGGAUAGGAGUCAGUCUUUUUCACACACAAACUGUUUGUGAAAGUAAUCAACCAGCUUGAAUCUAAAAAGAUUUGCACUACCCAAAUAUUGUUUGAAAAUCUAUUUUGUAUAAAAUAUAUGCAGACAUUAACUUUUGAGAAUUAUCAAGGGCAGAUCAUGUUUCACUGGUAUAUUCUUUCUCAAAAAAAAGCUUUGUUUUGCUUAGAAAAAUAAUCAAAUAUGUACAUAUAAUCCAUUGUAAAGAAAAUGUGGUGUAAUUGUCUCCAGAUAAUAGUUUUUCUAUACGGACUCUGUUUUAUUUCUCCUCUGUAGUGUGACUCCUGUUGAUCUUUCCCCCUCUUAUUGAUUAAAGAUCGAACUGUAUGUCUUUGUGUGGUACUUCUCAAAACAAGGAACUGUAUGCUGAUAUUUGCCAUGAUAUUAACUGGAUGAUUAAGAACAAUGGAAGCGAUCCAGCUUGUUGUAUGCCACUUUUUAUGAUCACAGCAAACACUUGUUCAUCAAAUAAACGCGCUUUUCC